AUGAGCGGAGCAGCCCUUUUGUUUGCUCUGAAAACAGAGGCCCGCCACGUCUCAAGUGCGGGUCGGAGACAAAGAAUGACCAAGUUUGGGAUGAAUGCGCUGCCUUGUCCGGUACCUGCGUGUCCGCUGCUGGGGAACAGCCCGCAACGCCUCUGUGCGGUGACGGGUCUUUCGAAAAGGUACAGUUUGGCUGUUGGUCCUCCCAAAAAGGUUCCAAAAGUCAAAGGUGUAGAGUCUGCAGCAGUGCAAGCAUUUCUCAGACGGCAAGAAGAAGAAAAAAGAAAAAAAGCACUGGAAGAAAGAAGAAAGAAAGAAGAACUGUUGGCUAGACGUAUUGAACUGAAACAUGACAGAAAGGCAAGAGCUAUGGCCUCACGAACGAAGGAUAAUUUUCAUGGCUAUAAUGGGCUUCCUGGUGAAGAGAAGCCUAAAAAGAGGAGGACUUGUGAGAAUGUUGCUCAAGCCCAAGAGGCUGAGUAUGCAACAGAAGAUGAAACUGAGCAACUUGAGUACAGUCAGACUGAAUCUGAGCAUGAGCAAGAAGAAUAUGAAGAGAAACCAUCCAAAGCUGCAGUGAAGCCAAAGGCGCCUCCCAAAAGUGCACCAGCACCUCUGAACUUUGCAGAGCUCUUGAGGCUUGCUGAAAAAAAACAAUAUGAACCAGUGGAAAUAAAAGCAGUGAAAAAAGUAGAAGAGAGACCCAGAACAGCAGAAGAAUUGAGAGAGAGGGAGUAUUUGGAACGCAAAAACAAAAGAGUAGAAAUGCAUAAGAAAAGUGAGAAGGAGAUUAAGAAUGCAGGGAUAUCCAGUUCUUCAAAAAAAGUGACUUCUCGGAAAGAAUGUGUGAAUGCAAAACUUAACAAAAGCUCAGUAGAUAGACAUUCCACACCAAAAGGCAGUCUAUCAUCUUCUAUGAGUGGUACUGAUAAGAAAUCCAAAGCACCAGCAUUGACUGAAAAACACUCACGGUCAUCAUCUUCCUCCAGAUUUGAUCAAGUGGAAAAAAACUCACAAAAUAGCUCCUUAAAAAGCUCUACUGGUAGCAAUCAUAGUAAAUUACCUGUCAAUGGUAUUGGGAAGUCUGGCUCAAGCUCUCAUGUGCCACCCUCAAAACCAGUGGCCAAUGGGGUUAAGAGGCUACCAUCUGCUAAAGAAUCCAGCCUGAAAAAGUUUGCCCAUACAAAAUCGGGAAAUGCUGCAGCCCUUCAGCAUGGAAUCAACUCCAACGCAAAACGAUCAGGCAGCAGCUUAGGAAAAGGAGGACCUGGACAUCCAGGUGGUGGUUCAAGUGCAGGACCUGGGCGACCGAGCAGCAGUUCUGAUGUAGGACCUGGAAGGCCAGGAAGUGGUUUAAGCCCAGGGCCUGGGCGACCGAGCAGCAGCUCAGCUGCAGGACCUGGAAGGCCAGGCAGCAGCUCAAGCCCAGGACCUGGGCGGCUGGGCGGUGGCUCAGGCAUGGGACCGGGAAGGCCGGCUGGCAGUUCAAGCACAGGACCUGGGCGACCAGGCAACAGCUUGGGCACUGGACCAGGACGGCCAGGCAGCAGCACAAAUGCAGGACCUGGGCGACCAGGCAGCAGCUUGGGAACAGGACCAGGAAGGCCAGGAGUCAGCCCAAGCACUGGACCUGGGCGACCAGGCAGCAGCUUGGGAACAGGACCAGGAAGACCAGGAGUCAGGCCGAGUGCAGGACCUGGGCGACCAGGCAGCGGCUUGGGUGCAACUGUAAAACCGAAGUGUACUGUUGUAUCGGAAACUAUUUCUUCUAAAAACCUAGUCACAAGACCUAGCAAUGGACAGAUAAAUGGAAUGAGAUCCUUUCAAGAGCAUAGACCUGUCUUUCAUCCACAAGGUCUUGGAAGACCACCUGUUGGUUACAAGAGACAAAUAGAAGAUGAUGAUGAUGAUGAAUAUGACUCUGAAAUGGAUGACUUCAUUGAAGAUGAAGGGGAACCCCAAGAAGAAAUAUCAAAGCAUAUUCGGGAAAUAUUUGGCUAUGACCGGAAAAGAUACAAAGAUGAAAGUGAUUAUGCCUUACGUUACAUGGAGAGCAGCUGGAGAGAACAACAGAAAGAAGAAGCUAGGAGCUUGAGACUCGGUGUUCAGGAGGACUUAGAAGAACUGAGGCGUGAGGAAGAAGAAUUAAAACGCAAGAGACAGUCUAAGAAGCUGAGGACACGUUAACUGAUUUAUGAUGUUGACUCUUCAUGUUUCUGCUACCCUCUGCCUCCAUACAUCUCUUAUUCUACUUCAGUUUCCAUUUGCUUGUUAGAGGGCAAAAGAAUAUUUAAAGGGAUUAAAGUACUGAAAAGCAACACUUUAGUUUGAC